AUGGAUAAUGAUCCUGAUACUACUAGCGAUGAUCGUGAUGAUCGUGGUCAUGGUGGUUUUCGACCAGGUGCUGGUAGAAAACGAAAACAAUCAGCAGCAUCUAUUCAAAUUAUGUCAAAGAAAAGACGUGAACGAGCUGCACAUAGACAAACCAUGUCUAGAUAUAGGGCUAAAUUAACACAAUGGAUAGAUGAAUUAAAAUGGUCACAUGAAGGUAUUCAAUCAUCUUAUCGUGAUAAUGCAACUGCUCUGUUGGUUAUAUUUAAUAUCAUGUUAGAAAAUGUUAAUCUAACACAAACAGAAGCAAUUGUCAAGGCCGGUUUGUAUUUAGGUCGUGCACAUUCCACAUUAGAUACACUUGUAUCGCACUGGAAUAAAUACAAAGAGGUAUAUGUUGAAUCAGGUUUUAGCGGUGAAUCAGUAGAUCAACGAUCAGCAGAUUUAUUUACAACAUUACCUUACUUUAUUAUAACCACUAUUAUUAACCGUCAUGCUGCAGGUGUAACUACAACUGUUAAAGAUAUUCAACAAGCAAUUACUGAUACACAUGGUACACAUAUUGGUUAUUGGUCAAUAUAUUAUCUGAUGCAUGAUAAAAUGAAGCUGUCAUAUGGUUUAUUGGAAGAUGCAACAAAUUUAAUACAAGAUCCUAAUCGUCUCAAGCGUAUUGGCCAAUUUCUUAUUAAAUAUGCUUCUGCUUUAAAACUGGAAAAGAAGAAAGAAGCAGUUAUAUGUUACAUGGACGAGUCGUAUGUUACUACUGGUCAUCAUAGUCAUUAUGGUUGGUAUUCAGAUAAUGAAGAUAAAGAUAUUCGUACUGGUGCUGGAGUUGGGAAAAGACUUAUAUUGGUUCAUGCCAUUACUAAUGAUGGUCUUCUUCACAAAACUGGAAAUUCAAAUAAUAAAACUAUCUCUGCUGAAUUAAUAUAUGAAGCAAAGCACCCAUUAGGUGAUUAUCAUUCGAAUAUGAAUGGUUAUAAUUUUCGUCUAUGGAUUAAUCAACAUUUAUUUCCUGCAUUCCAAGCAAAAUAUGGACGUAAAAAGAGAAUGAUACUUGUGCUUGAUAACGCUCCUUAUCACAAAGAACGAGGUGAUGAUUAUGUGAAUAUAAAAUUAAUGUCAAAAAUUGAUAUGAUUGAUCUUCUUGUAUCAAAAGGAGUACAAAAUAUAACAAUUAUCCCAAAUGGUUAUCCAAAAGAAUUUCAAGCUAAUGAAUGGAAAUUCAAUGGUCCUUUAGGUCCUUAUAAAAAAGAAUUGCAGUUGUACAUGGAAAGUUGGAUCAAACAAUAUCCUGAACUUCAAAAGACAUUGUUGGAAAACUUAUUUGUAGAAAAAUCUUUACAUGUGAAAGCCAACAUGCCUGAUUUUCAUUAUCUUAUAUAUAUUCCACCAUAUUGUCCUCAAGUUCAACCUAUUGAAUUGGUCUGGGCAUAUGUUAAAGCUUAUGUAGCUAAACAGUUCACAACUUCCAGAACUCUUCAGCAAUUAAUUGAACAUACUAAAGAAGGAUUCAACGGCAAUGGAGCUGAACAUGAGGGAGUAUCUUCUGAAAUGGUCAGGAAAAUGAUUUUACAUACUCAUAAAUACUGUAAUAUGCUCAUUGAUGAUGAUUGUUGGUUGGAAGGAUCGAUAGAUAAUUUAAAGAAUGUCGAUCAAUAUGAAGAAGCAGAUGAAGAUGCAGAAGAUGAAGAUGAAGACAAUGAUAUUAAUAUGGAUACGUUAGCUAUUAUUGAAUAA